AUGGAUAGAUCUAAUCCACUGAUCUAAUCGCAAUUCGGCAUUCGCAAAACAUACUUGAUUUUAUACGAAGAAGGUUUACCACAGUUCUACGACUAUCGACCAUUUCAUAUUGGAAUAUGAUUAUAUGAACUCUGGUCUUUGAAUGUUGAAAUGAUAUUGUUUUGGCUUUGUGAUUCCACCACGUGUUUUGUGGCUAAUCACCCAUGCAAAGACGAUUAUUUUUUUCCAGACAGGCUGUUCUAGGCUGUGACAUCGUAAAACGUUUUUCUGUUUGCGUAAAAAUGAACAGAACCUACGAGGAUGCUAUUAAAGCAUUAAAUACCCUACAGUCCAACACUGCUGCCUUAAAAGAGAUUUGUCGGAGUGGACAAAUACGACAAAGUGAUCGCUUUGAGAAAACAAAGGAAUUUGCAGCCAGAGCUAAAGUACCGGUUGACAAACUUGAUAAGUUGGCAGCAAUUCAUAUCAGUGGUACCAAAGGAAAGGGUUCAGUUUGUGCAUUUUGUGACAGUAUCCUUCGUGAAAAUGGAUUAAAAACUGGCUUCUAUAGUUCCCCACAUUUGGUUGAAGUUCGCGAGAGAAUACGCAUAAACGGAAAACUGAUCUGUAAGGAUGAAUUUGCUCGCUAUUUUUGGAAAUGUUGGGACAACUUGAAACAGGAUGAAAGUAAUGAUAUGCCACCAUACUUUGUUUUUCUCACUAUCAUGUCAUUUUACAUCUUUUUACAAGAAAAGGUUGAUGUGGCAAUUAUUGAAGUGGGCAUCGGUGGUGCUUUUGAUACGACAAAUAUUUUGAGGCAACCCUGGGCUUGUGGAGUGACAUCACUAGGUCACGAUCAUGUUGCCGUACUGGGUGGUACCACAGAGAGCAUUGCAUGGAACAAAGCUGGAAUUUUUAAGUGUGGCGUUCCAGCAUUCACAGUGCCUCAGGAUGAGAUAUCCACAAGAGUACUAGCGCAGAGAGCUAAAGAAUUAAAGGCGCCGCUGAAAGUUGUUCCCGAAUUGUGUAGUUAUCCUGGAGAAACUGUCACUAGUUUAGGUAUUGAAGGUCGACAUCAAUUUUUGAAUGCUUCCUUAGCUUUACAGCUGUGUAACACUUGGUUAGAUCGUUACAGAAAAGAAACGAACGGUAAUGAUAAUUGUUAUGAAACACCAGCGGUGACAAAUGAAGAUGUUCAAUGUGAAAAAUUGAUUCCGUCGGCUGAACCAUUCCCUAUAAACCUGAACAUGAAAUUCGCGCUGGAGAAGACUUACUGGCCUGGAAGAUCACAUUGCAUCAAACGAAAUAAUUACACAUUAUAUCUGGAUGGAGCUCACACGCCCAAGAGCAUUAAUGCUUGCUCGACAUGGUUUUGCAAAAGGGCCGAUGAAGAAAAGAAUAAUUUAAGCCCACGAAAUGUUGCCCGAGUGUUGAUAUUUAACUGUACCGGUGAACGCGAUUCUCGCAAACUGUUAGCUCCGCUUGUGUCUUGUGACUUUGAUUUCGCUAUAUUUUGUACAAACUCAAUCACGGAGGAGUCUGCGAGGAAAAGUUCAGAUCUGUCAGAUUUCACUGCUAGCCUGAGUUCAAGACUAAAAAGAUGCCAUGAAAAUCACGAAGCCUGGAAACGUCUCACUGGCGAAACUGGUUCCAUAACUUUACAUGAUUUGGACAAAAAAUUGCGUGCUAACGCAAUGCAAAAUUCGUGUGUGUUUUCCUCAGUGUUGGAGGCUCUUCAUUGCGUUCUUGCGGAACGUGAACCGUUGUUGGAUGCUAAUCCUGAGCAUUCUCGCUCACCACGUGUUCUAUCACAUGCAAAUCACAUUCAAGUUGUGGUAACUGGAAGUCUGCAUUUGGUUGGAGCCGCGAUGAAGGUACUGGGACCUAGUAUAGUACAAGUUUGAAGUUAUUUCAUAGAACAGUCAUAGGAUUAGCGCCCUAGCUAGAGACACGCCCCGUUGCUUAAGGGCAGCGUGGCCUUGGAGAAGUCGUGGAAACACUACAGUGAGUGAAGCUGUGAUCUAUUGAGAUGAUGCUUCAUGGAACGAUUUCUAACGACAAUUUCCAAUGCAAAUUACUGUAUAUGAAAUUUGAUUGCCUCAAAAGCCCGAGGCGCUAAAAAUCGUCAUUGAAAAUCGUUCCAUAUAACAUCGCCUUUAUGGCCAAAUUUUUUUCAGAGGGAGA